GUCCCCUAGCUGCACUGUACCGACUUUUUUAAAUGGUUGCGGUUGAAACUUUUUCUCUUUACGUUGUAAAGAAAUAAGAAAUAUGUACUAUAGAUAUUAAAAUUAGAUAUGAAUACUAUAAUUCGUAUUUGAUAUAUUACAUAUCAUGUUCAUAAUUUAUUAAAUAUUUCCCCCCUAAUAAAAUACUUUGGAUCAGUUGGAUCUGCGUUUGACAUAGUUGCACGUUCAAGACUUUUACAACUCAAUUCGUACUAAACACAAUAACGCAUUUUCUAGUCUAUUGUUGUAUUCGUAAAGAUAUAUCCCACUAUAAGUCAUAUCGCCAUUGUCAAAACAGUAUUAUAAAUUAUUAUAGGACUCUUAUAGCACAGUUAUAUCUAUACAUUUUAAUAUGCAUAUCGUGGUAUAAGUAAACCACAUUAAAUAUUUAUAACGUACAAUAUCGAUUUUUGUCUAUAAAAUAUGUACUGACCAUAUUAUCAACCCUGGAAGUUAUAUAACAUAUAAUAAUAUGUUGUUAGGUCCAAAUCCGACGAAGACGAUUAAAAUAACACAAUGCCCUUACAUCGUGCUAAGGUUAUUGUGGCGUGCCGGGAUGUUAAAAAAGCGGAACAAGCUGUUACGGAGAUUGUGGCCGAUGUAAAAGGUGAUAAUCUAGGACAGCUGGUCGUAGAGGAAUUGGAUUUGGCAUCUUUCGCUUCGAUUAAACGCUGUGCAAAAAAUAUUUUGCAAAAAGAAAAAAAUAUUCAUCUCUUAGUGAACAAUGCUGGGGUAAUGGCGUGCCCUAAGGGUAAAACCCAAGAUGGUUUUGAAACACAAUUUGGCGUGAAUCACUUGGGACACUUUCUAUUCACAUCACUACUAUUACCAAGAAUCCGAAAUUCAACGCCAGCUCGCAUCGUUAACGUUUCAUCAAUGGCUCACACAAGAGGUGUGAUUAAUUUUGAGGACAUAAAUUACGAUGCAAAUUACUCAUCCUUGGUGUCUUACAGUCAAAGUAAACUUGCCAAUGUGCUAUUUUCAAAAGAACUGUCUAAACGGCUCGAAGGUACCGGAGUACAUGUGUAUAGUCUACAUCCUGGCAUCGUACAAACCGAAUUAGGUAGGACGAUCGACCAAGUGUAUUUUCCUGGAAUGCGAUUCCUGGCCCGUUUGUUUCUCUAUCCGUGGUUAAAGAGCCCAGAACAAGGAGCUCAGACUACUUUACAUUGUUCGAUAGACGAAAAAGCUGGAGAAGAAAAUGGUCUCUACUACAGCGAUUGUAAGGUAAAAGAACCAUCAGCUUUAGCCAAAGACCCAGAAUUGGCCAAAAAACUUUGGGAUAAAAGUAUUGAGAUGGUGGGCUUAAAGGAUUACGACAUGUUCAACUGCGAAGACACGUUGCCUGAACCCUUAAAAGACAUCUGAACAAAUAUUUCUAAUUUUUAAUAAUUUAUAUUUUAUUUUUUUAUCUAUACUUAUAAGUUUAUAUAUAUAUAUACGAGCAUACAUUUGCAUUUUUAUAAUAUAUUAAUUUUUUAACUACAAAGUUUAGUUUAACUGUUUUUAUCACACAUCUCAAUUUUUAAAUUCAAAAUUGAUUGAUUAGUAUAAUAUAUUGGUUUUACAAUGA